UGGCCAGAGGCGCCGGGGCCGCCGCCGCCACCUCCUUUCCUCCCUGGGGCGCCGUCUCCGGCGCGUUUCCCUUCCGCGCGCAAAAAAAGAAAAGAAAGCGAGCCAGCCAGCCAAAAGCUCGCGAUCGCUCCUCCAGAGCACCUCGCCUAGCGCCUCCGGCCCCCCGAGCGGAGAUGCUCGAUUGCCCGAGCGAGAAGAGAGACCCCCUCGCCCGAUUCUGAGCGCUCCCCGCCGGAUCGGGCAGAGCCUGGCGCGCAGCUCAGGCGCGGGACGGGGGGCGCUAUCCACCCUGGCGAAGGCGAGGGGGGCGUUGCGAGCCUGCAGCUGGAUGAAGCAGCCCCACCCCACCCCCUGCAGAGUCUCCGGAGCCAGAUCCCUCGGCAGGAUCACUUCCCGCCCCCACUGCUUAAGCGGAGCUGCCGGUGGAGCGCAGGAAGCCUGGAGGGCUGGCGGAGGAGGGUAACCUGUCCGUUUGCCCGCCUCCCUCUCCUAACUGUUGUAACUUGGCAAAGAGGUUUCCCACCUCAUCGUCCCUGCAGCCAGCCAGCCACUUUAGAGGGGAGGAGGGCGGGGAAGGGGGGAGUUCAUUCAUGUUGGACAUCAUCGGGGUUGAGUUUGGAGAGUCAGCUCGGGAGGGGACAAAGGGAAGGCUUUAAAAGCGUCGCGAACAGGGAGAUAUUCCAUUUGGAAGAGGAAUCCGUCCUCACUUUUUUAAAAAGUAAAGACUUUGCGCUAAGCAGCAAGGCGUCCCAAUGCAACCGCUUGAGCAUCUCCUCUUUUACGUUGCGAUCUGCGCCAGCUUUUGCAACCGACAGGUCUCCAGCGCCGGCGCCCAGAGCGGAUCUAUCCGAGCCUUGCGCGCUUCGAACCUGCGGAGAGAUGAGAGCAAUCACCUCACAGCCUUGUACCGGAAGGAAGAGACCAUCCGUGUCUUGCGCAGUGGUGAGAUCCACAGCCCUCGCUUUCCUCACAACUAUCCCAGGAACCUGUUACUGACGUGGAGGCUGCUUUCGCCAGAGAAUGCAAGGAUACAGCUGGUGUUUGAUAACCAAUUUGGACUGGAGGAGCCAGAGAAUGAUAUCUGCAGAUACGACUUUGUAGAAGUGGAAGAUAUAUCCGAAAUCAGCACGCUCAUCCGGGGACGGUGGUGUGGGUACAAGGAAGCUCCUCCAAGAAUCACAUCGAAAACAAACCAGCUAAAAAUCACCUUCAAGUCGGAUGACUUCUUUGUGGCUAAGCCUGGAUUCAAGAUUUAUUAUUCCCUGGUGGAUGAUCUCCAGCCUGCUGCAGCUGAAACCAACUGGGAAUCAGUCACAAGCCCCGUCUUGGGCGUUUCCUAUCACUCUCCGUCAGUGACCGACGCUACUCUUACGGCAGAAGCUCUGGAUCAAACCGUUGCUGGAUUUGACACCGUGGAGGAACUCCUCAAGCACUUUAACCCAGACACGUGGCAAGAAGAUCUCGAAAGUCUGUACACAGACACUGCCCCACAUCGCGGCAGAAGUUUCUAUGAAAGGAAAUCGAAAGUUGACUUGGAUAGGUUGAAUGACGAUGUGAAGCGAUACAGCUGCACUCCAAGGAAUUAUUCUGUCAACAUAAGGGAAGAACUGAAGCAAACCAACGUUGUUUUCUUUCCACGCUGCCUUCUGGUCCAGCGCUGUGGGGGGAAUUGUGGCUGUGGGUUCAACAACUGGAAAUCUUGCACGUGCACAGCAGGAAAAUUGGUGAAAAAAUAUCAUGAGGUGCUGAGGUUCAUCCCUGAAGCAGGUCACAUCAGGAGGAGGGGCAGAACCAAGAACAAUAUGGCGCUGAUCGAUAUUCAACUGGAGCACCAUGAGCGUUGCGAUUGUGUCUGCAGUGCAAGGCCACCUCGAUAAAAAGAGACCGUGCCAUCCCGUUUGCAACUUAAAAGGACCUCUUUCCCUUGAAGGAGGAGCAGUCUGCAGAAGGUCGCCCCGUGGCCACUGAACUUUGCUAACAGCCUGGCUUGUAGCUGGUAGAGGUGCCCACAGCCUCCCAACUCCAAGUACUAAGUGCCAUGACAGCUAUUCAUUAAUAACACUGAUUUAUGGUAUCCGACUUCAAAUAUGGGAUUAAGCAGUAGAAAACAAGAGAAGCCAAAAGCUGAAAUCUUCAGUGCAUGCAGUGAGCAUGAUAGCAGAAUUCUUUUGGCUGAAUUUCCUAGUUGGCUUAAAAAAAAUAAUCAACCUACAUGUUACACAGUGAGUAGGUAUGCAGGUAUUCAUAUGCUGCUGCACACAGCCCUUUGCGCACACAGCCUAUUGACUUAAGCACACUUAAAAUGUAAAUAAGGAAAAAUCUUAUGGGCAUACAUGUAUUCCAAAUAGCUAAUCCCAGUUUAUAAAUAUUCACCCAGUCCAGCAUAUGUACACCACGAAGAAACAGUUGCCCACACAUGGAUCUGACGUAAUGGAUAUACGUUACAGAACAUUAGUGCUGUAUGGGGGAGCAAGAGACCACAUCCACCAAGGCAAGAUACAUAUCCAUGCCCAUUAUUUCGCAUGCCUUGAUAUAGCCAUUGCAACACAGAGAUCGCCAGAAGCAGAGUAAGCAAUUGCUGCGGCCUGUGCAUAGCCUUCUGCUUGCUCAUAAAGUACUCUGGAUUAUGUUGAAGAGCUCCCCCUGAUCCCUUCAAAAUACAGGUUCAGAUUCCCUAAAAGACUAUGAUGAACAGAAUCGUAUGCAAUGCACGAGGUCUAUUUUUGAUUGGACUAACAUCCACCAGUGUGCCAUGUAAGUUACAUUUAGUGUAGGGAUGAAUGGUUUUUGCAUUGUCAGGAACCACACUUAUUCUACAGAUAGUGAUCAGCAUCCUUAAGGUGGUGCUUAGUGG